CGGCGCGGGGCCGGAAGGGGGUGGGGCGUGAACCGGAAGGGAGGUGAGAAAAGGCCGGAAGUGGCGGGGCGGGCGGGCUGGUAGCAGCAUGGCGGACGCCGGGGAGAGCGGCGAUGCGGUGCCGCGGUACCGGAACGGCUUCCAUCCCGACACGUGGGAGCAGGAGCUGGAGGCCAUCCCCAUGUUCAUGAAGCGCUGCCCUGCCGAGAUCGACGCGACGCGGCAGCCCGCCCUGGCCUGCCUGCAGUCCCUGCUGUUCGAUGAGGAGAAGGAGCCCGCAGAGCUGGCCGCCAUGUACAAGAACGAGGGCAACGCGUACUUCGGGGAGAAGGACUACGGCAGGGCCGUGCGGGCCUACAGCGAGGGGCUGCGGCAGCGCUUCGGGGACGUGGAGCUACGAGCCGUGCUGCUGUCCAACAGGGCGGCCGCGCACUGCCGCCUGGGUAACUACCGCUCCGCUCUCGCUGAUGCAACCCAAGCAAGGAAGCUGAAGCCCGACCACCUCAAAGCCAUUGUGAGGGGAGCUCUCUGUCACAUGGAGCUAAAGAACUACUCUGAAGCCAUAGCGUGGUGUGAGGAGGGCUUGCGAAUAGAUUCAAAAGAGAAAAAGCUUCUGGAAGUGAGAUCUAAAGCUGACAAAUUAAAGCGAGUUGAGGAGAGGGAUGCAAGGAAGGCAAAGGCAAUGGCGAAGAAAGAACAGUGUCAAAAGGAACGUUUGCUUGCAGCAAUAAAGGAAAGAAAUAUCAAGCUGGUUGUUGAACCUUCAGGUGAAGAAGAGGAAAUAUCAGAUGGUCUGGCUGAGAUACGUCUGAAUGGGUUCCACUCUGACAAUGUCACAGGGGCAAAGGUGCACUUAGAUGCUGAUGGCAACCUAAACUGGCCUGUUCUCUUCCUGUACCCUGAGCAUGAACAGACAGACUUCAUUGAGGCUUUUCAUGAGAACUCCAGAUUUAUCGAUCAUUUAAUGGUGAUGUUUGCUGAGUUACCUCCUUGGGAUUUAGAAAGAAAGUACCUUCCCAGCAAUCUCGAGCUCUAUUUUGAAGAUGAAGAAAGAGCAGAAAUGUAUGAGCUGAACCCAGAACACACAUUGCUACAAGUGCUGCAACACCAAAGGUAUUUUGUGAAGGCUGGGACUCCGACAGUGCUGGCUUUUGUGAAGAGUUCUCCCUUCUCUAAGAAGUAUUUCAGUGGCAAGAAGGUGCAUCAGCUGUAAUGAGCAAGAAGGAACCGAGGAAUCAUGUGCAAGGGAUUGCUGUUUAUCUCGGCUACAGACAGCAAACUUCUGCUCGUACAGAAAUGCCUUGCACACUUCAGGGGAGAAAUAGUCUUGGCACACACAGAAACUUCCAGCAAAGAAGCAUAGAAGGAGAAUGAAAGGCUUACAAGAGGGGAUUAUUUGUUUAAAUAGAAAUCCAGCUGGCUUGCAGAAGGUCUCCUCUAUGACAGGCUGCAUGGGGCUUUGAAAUAAACCUGAAACAGUGCCAAACAUUGGCUGCAGCUGAAGCAACAGCAGCUGGGAAUGUA